AUGGAUCGUAGUGAGGUUUAUUGCCAUCCAAGCUUAACUGGCCACUCAAGAGUUAUGGAGGAACUCUGGCUUUGCCUUAUACUGCAGUGGGUUUGUCUUGUGCUGUUGCUGAUAACAUGUGGAAAAAAGGAUGACGAAGAGGAAGAGGGAGGUGAAGGUGAAGGGGAAGAGAAGUCGCCAGCAUCAGCAUCUCCUGGAACACCUGGCUCUGCAACCCCUGAAAGUCCAGCGAAGGAAGGAGAGUCUGCGGAGAAGAAAGAAAGUGAAAUGAAGGCGCCCACGGAAAAGAAAGAAAAAAAAAGAAGAGGAGAAGAAGUGAUUGGACGAUGUGUUACGUGA